UGCAUCAGUAGCGUCGAUAACUCGUAAUCGCGAAAGGUAUAAGUCGUUCUCCUGUAAACGUCCGUCUCUACGGAUAUUUUCACGUGUGUUUUUGUGCUAUUUGUGAAUCGUAGUUUGAGUGUAAAGCAUCGAAAGGUGUGGUUGACAAGAAUCUACUCGUUUAUGGUCGAAGAAAAGAAUCAAACCGAAAAGAGGCGUUGAAACGUGCUUUCUCACAGCAGCAGAACAUCCGACCAUGGCAUAUUUUCCUCCUGCUGAGCAGUUAAUACGCUUUAAGAUGUGACUUCUCAAGCAUCAUCAUCGAAUCACAUUUUCGAUAUUGACAUUGCAUUUUCAACGGGAGAUCCAAUGAGCUGCAUUAUCUCGUCUCGAGACCUAUUUUACACCAUAUCUUCUUCGUUUGAUAAAACGAUACAAUAAUAGGUUUCACGUUUUAACUGGAAAGCGAUCAUCGCAGGAUCGGGACGGCGUGGCAACAAAGACCUUAUUUCUUCUGUUCGUGGAUCAACGUCGUACAAUUGCGCCUAACUCCGACAAUCGAUCCGACCGUGGCCCAACUUGACAGCAAUUUAAAAUCGCUUCUCCUCCUGUGAGCCGUACCAAGUGCACCGUCACUAACUACAACAUUCUUUCACGAUACGUGUCCAUUUUUCUUCCGCUUUGUUCGCUUCAUGCGAAUAUAUAUCUACAUUUAAAUUUAUAACGAAAAAUGGCGAUCACCUCGCCCAAAUGCCCGAAGGAGAGCAAAAUGGGAACCACUGUUAGAAGUUGGAUAGCGAGACCGAUCUUAAAUCCUGACCUCACGGACGAUCCAUCCCUCGAAGAUGUCUACGUGGGUGUACUUAAGCAGAAAAAGGAUAUCUCGACUGCGAUUCAGAGUAUUUCUUCCAUUCUGCCAGGUUUUCAGCAUCUCAAACGUUGCUCCUCCAACAAAUUACUAUUGGCACCGUUAAAUUGUACGAAAAUAUCAGCAGAAAUGGAAAAUUCGUCCGAAAAAUGUAUCUUGACAGAAGACAAAUUAAAAAUAAUGUUAAGAGAAAAAGGGUUUGACUUAUCUUUAUUGGAAGAUAAUUUUCAGAUAUUGAAAGUACCAGCAAGAAGAGCCAAAACGAAAGCGCAAGCGACUCGGGCCUCGAACAUUUGGCCUUUGAACUUUCAUCCAGAUCCAAAUAUCGAAUGUCUGAUCGAUGGAUCAAUUUUUACAGAACAUCAAUUAAACCUGAUAGAGAGGUAUAUGAACGUUGCAGUAGAGGCAGCCAAAUUAGAGGCUGUCGGUGAUCAGAAUUGCAAUGGCAGCGCUGUGAUUGUUGAUCCGGAGGAUGGAAGAAUUCUUGCAAUUGCUGCCUCGAAAAUCGAUCAACAUCCAAUGUGGCACGCAGCUAUGCUCGUCGUGGAUCUUGUUGCCAAACUUCAAGGUGGGGGUGCUUGGAAAUUAGAAUCAAAAUUUGAACAGAGUAGUAAUAAUUUAGAAACGAUCGAUUCUACAGAGAAAAUAGAAAAUUAUGUAACAAGAGAAAUAAAGAUUAAAAGGAAAUAUGUAGAGGAAGCUCCUCUUUAUUAUCCAACAUCGCUGUCGAAAAUUAAUCUUCCAAAAGAGGAAUCUCUGGUAUCUUCUGUGAUUCGACGAGGACGAAGGAAUAAUGAUUCCACGCAUAAAUCCGAACAGACGAGAGCAACAAACAUGGAAAAAUGUGGUCCUUAUUUAUGCACAGGAUAUUGGGCGUUUCUAUUAAUGGAACCAUGCCCUCUCUGCGCUAUGGCACUCUUACACUCUAGAGUUUUAAGGAUAUUUUACGGUAUUUCCAAUAAAACUACAGGCGUAUUAGGAACCAAGACGAUUUUACACGCUGUGCCAGGAUUGAAUCAUCGGUAUCAGGUUUGGAGUGGUGUUCUGGAACAAGAAUGUCAACGAGUGUUACAAGAUAUCGAGCACAGAAAUAUGAAUUGAAUCACAUGAUGAUGCAUUCGCAACAAUUGAUCAUAAUUUUCUAUCAACGAACGAUUCGUGGAACAAUAUAAAGAUCAUAAAAUAGAUCAUAGGAGGAACAAAAAAA